AUGAGAGCUACUCCUACUGGAUCCGUAGAGCAGGACACAACAAAGCAGGAGGCCGCCGGCCUGUGGAAGUGUGGAUUGGAUAGGAUUGGAUUAUUAUUGGAUGGACCCAAUCAAGCCAAGAAUUCCAGGCACUUCUCAUUGACAAUAUCACCCGACUCGAGAACCAUUGCUUUUGUCGGUAAUGAAGGGUGCAUCCUUCUUAUUUCUGCCAAGACAAAGCAGCUCAUUGGAACCCUCAAGAUGAACAGUAGUGUGCGAUCAUUGGCCUUUGCAAAUGGUGGGAAUCAGCUACUAAGCAGUGGUGGAGAUGGGCAUGUUUACCACUGGGAUCUUGGAACAAGGAAAUGUAUCCACAAGGCGAUGGAUGACGGUUCCCUGGCUGGCAUUUCGCUUUGCACCUCCCGGGACAGCUCUUUGUUUGCUACUGGCUCCACCAGCGGUAUUGUGAACGUGUACAAGAGGGAUGAUUUUCUUGGCGGGAAGAGGAAGCCACUGAAGACAAUCGAGAACCUUACCACUGAUGUCGGCGAGAUGAAAUUCAAUCAUGAUGCCCAGAUCUUGGCGAUUACCUCAAGAAAGGAGAGGAAUGGGAUGAGACUCGUGCACGUCCCAUCCUUCAGCGUGUUCCAGAACUGGCCAGGGCCUCGGUUCAGCCUUCACUAUCCUCGAUGCUUGGAUUUCAGUCCAGGCAGCGGGUUCUUGUCCGUCGGACACACUGGUGGGAAAGUCUUGCUGUACAAGCUGCACCACUACCAAAAUGCCUGAGCCUUGAAACUGUACUUGGGAAAUCCAGUUUUGACAAGUUUUUGAGAACUCCUGUGCUGUUUGUACGCUGGUUCUUGCUAGUCAGUUACUAUCAAGUUGUACUGCCACUCACUGAUUUUGGUGCUUAUCACAAGCUGGCGAUCUGUAAUUGUAUUUUGGUUAUUAUGCUCCCGUUGGUGAAGAUUGUUGGUUGCGGGGUUUCAAAAGCCAUGGUUGGUGAAACUGGCUAAUCUUACGAGAGAACUGAGCAAUGGAUUGUUAUAACAGGGGCUCUUUUUAUUAGCGUAGCACUAGAGAAUAAUAUGCACUAUCCUCACGUGACCAGCUACUAUCAUGCCUAGUGUAGACCAAAAUUGGUAACAUUUGAAGUCUCAAACCAGCCAAAACUUUAACACAGGUAUAAGUUUGAGCCCCUUUUUAUAGCUUACAAAUAUUUUCCUAUGCCCUCUGAGUUAUAAUUACUCGCACAUGAACUUAACUACUGUUAUGACGUGUUCUUAGGGGCCAUAUGGCACUGGACAAGUUAAUGUUUUAUGAUGAAUUCUUAAUUGAUAUUUCUUUCCUGAUUUUGAACUUGGUAUAGGAGGUAUAUUUGAUAUACUAGAGUUGUACAGCAUAUUCUUCAUUAGCUGAUACGUUCUGGUAGCUCUGAAAAAUUAGAUAUGUAGUGCAUUAUGGAUAUCAUGAACAUGUGAUUAAUAAUGCAAGUCUGAAACAUGCUCUCUUUUUUUUUUUAAAAAAAAAUUAGGUUACCAUGAACUAUUCAUAUUUCUUAAGUUUAUAUCAUAUUUGCCUGUACUGCCACAGUAUCUGUGAAGCGUAUUGUACUCUUGUCCUUGUGAAGGAGAAACAGUGUCUAUAUUUAACAUGGGAUGUGAACUACAUAGCAGUAUUAAAUAAAACAUCCGGAACGUGUAUCA